AUGACCGCUCCAGAAAUCUAUCAGAUUCAAGACCUCACUGAGGACCAGAAGACUUUCAUUAGGAACUCAGUUCCUAUUUUGAAGGACGCUGGAGAAACUUUGACUGCUAAGUUUUAUCAGUACAUGAUUUCUAAUUAUGAUGAAGUCAAGCCAUACUUUAAUGAGACAAAUCAAAAACUGUUGAAACAGCCCAGGAUUUUAGCGUUUGCUCUCCUCAAGUAUGCAGAAAACAUUGACGAUUUGAGCCCGCUAACUGCUUUCGUUCACCAGAUCGUUGUAAAGCAUGUUGGACUGCAGAUUAAAGCUGAGCACUACCCAAUUGUCGGUGGAUCGUUGUUGAAGACAAUGGCUGAACUCUUGGGACCUGAGCUUGCUACACCUGCGUUUCUCAAGGCAUGGGCAACCGCUUACGGAAAUCUUGCUCAAAUCCUGAUAAACGCUGAAUGGGCAGAGUUCCAGAAGCAGAAGUGGCAUGAUUUCAAAGAGUUUAAAGUGACCAAAAUCGAAAAUGAAUGUGACGAUGUGAAGUCUGUUUAUUUCACUCCAGUAGAAGGAGAGAUAGCAAAACCUUUGGAUGGGCAAUACGUCUGCAUCAGAUGGAAAUUACCUGGGGAAAAGUUUGAGAAAUCUAGGGAGUACUCUCUUUCUUCCAGGCCAAACAACAAUACCUACAGAAUCUCUGUCAGGUUGUUGGAAAAUGGUAAAAUUUCGACAUUUGUUCACAAUCAACUGAAGGUGGGAGACAUAAUCACUGUAGCACCACCCGCUGGACAAUUGUUAUACGAAGAAUCUCAAAAGGAUGCUGUUUUUUUUAUCGGAGGUAUUGGUAUCACUCCAGUAGUAUCAAUCAUGGAAACUGCCCUUGAAAGGGGUCAGAGAGUUACAUUAUUUUACUCCAAUAGAACCUCAAAGAGUACUGCCUUUAGAGGUUGGUUGAAAGAACUAAAGAGUAAAUUCAAUUUGCAACUGACAGUGAAGGAAUUCGUCUCUGAAGAACAAGUUACUGAAGGUGUAGACCAAAUCAAUUCUGCUCAAUUACAGAGAUCAGACAUCCAAACGGUGUCGCCGGAGAAUGAAGUUUAUCUGGUUGGACCUGUUCCAUACAUGCAGUUUGUUAGCUCUGAGCUCAACAAACUGGGAGUCCAAAAUAUUCAUUCCGAGUUCUUUGGACCAACUGUGGUUGCUUGA